GACACUAGUGACAGUCUAAACGUCAAAACUUACUUGAAGUUGUCAAAAAAAGUUAAAUAAUUCAAUGUGGUGAACUCCGGACUGGACUAAUUGAAUUAUGCAAGUUUUAUUAUUCUCGCAGGUUCACAAUACAGCAAUUGAAACCUAAUAAAAUGAAUAUUGAUUCAAUGAAGCAGCUCCACUUGAAGCAAUUUGCUUCACACAAGAGACGGACCCAGUGAAAGUUUUUUUCUGUGAAUAACCUUGUGCUUGACUUGUUGAAUUGAACCUGAUUUUACCUGAUAAGAUACCGAUUGGUACUGCCUGCAGUUUUACACUGAAAUUCAUCAAAAAUAAACACAAACAUGCCGGUCCUACCAAUACUAGAGACAGAAACAGAGUGUCGCAGUACCACAGACAGUAUUGGAUCAAAUUCUGAUUUGUCUGUUACUACAGUGCAAAGUGGCUCCACAAUGACAAAAAGCCAAAUGGACGUAGUUUGUGUAAUAGAUGUGUGCCAAUCAGAAAACUUGGCACAAAGAAAAAAGGCUCUAGAAGAAGUGAGACAGGCCUGUCUUUUGAUCGGGGCCAACCUCAAUCAUGUUCAGUUGGAUAAGCUGGACUUUGGUGAAACAAAUGUUGUUAGUAGUUUUUACAAUGCAGAUGUAGUCAUCAUAGAUGUUUCUUUCCCAAUGCAACGCAGGACUGCUUUUUACCACCUUGGUGUCAGAGAAAGUUUCAAGAUGAAACAGAAUAUACUUAUAUACAAUGAUAUGGAUUCUGAGGUUACCCUAAAACUUAAGUUAUCAUGUGGGAGUUAUCCUUUUGUAUCAUACAAUCUUUCUGAAAGUUCUUGCCUAACAACUUGUCCUAGUGGACGAGCAGAUGAACCCACAGACUUUCUUCAUCAGAAACUGAAGAAGUUAUUACAAGAUGUUGAAGUGCAAGCAAAAGCCCACCUGAAAGAGAAGUUCCUCAACGACCUCAAAAAACUCAAAGAAAACAAAAAAGGUGAGGAGCUGAAAGAAGCCCUGCUGCACAUGCGUAAACGUCUCGACGAUCCCAACGUGCUCUCCCUAGAAGUCAUCCUCAACAUGCUGUUCUGCUUUCGAGACAUCCAGGAGUACGACAGCAUGAUCCACCUGGUGGAGGACCUCAAACGAGUACCUCUGGCCAGGAAGUACCUCAACUCGUACAUCAUGUUCUUGUACGCUUUCGCCUUGAACAGGCGGCGCAAAGAGGGAGAUAGGAAGUGUGCUUUGGCCGUUUGCGAAGAAGCUCUCAAAAGUAAAGAAAACCAUUUUCCAGACAUGUUAUGUCUGUGUGGAAGGAUAUACAAAGACAUAUUCACGGAAUCCAACCACACAGACACGAAAAGUUUGGACGCCGCCAUUUUGUGGUACAGGAAGGGUUUUGAAAUCAGGCCAAAUGAAUAUGCAGGCAUAAAUCUGGCCACCUUGCUGGUGACCAAGGGCGCCGAGAUCGGCAAGUCGGACGAACUCGAGCACAUCGGCAUGACCUUGAACAAUCUCAUCGGCAAAAAGGGCAGCUUGGCCUCGUUGAGCGACUAUUGGGACGUGGCCACCUUCUUCGAGAUUUCGGUGCUGUUUCAGCAGUACAGCAAGGCGAUCCAAGCGGCCGCGUACAUGUUCAAGCUGAAGCCGCCCAAUUGGCAUUUGAAGUCCACCGUCGAUAAUAUACAGCUGAUCGACAGGGUGCGCAAGAAAACCGAUUUGGUGGGGAGCCCAGAAGAGCAAAUUUUCCAUUUCUGGAUGGAAUUUUUUCUGGAAGCAACCAAAACAGAGAUGGAAGGGACCUUCAGAUUUCCUGUUUUGAUCCUGGAACCCAGCAAAGAACUGAUGCCCAGCUACGUCUGUGUCAAUUUAGGUGCUGAACCCCAAAACCUCACAGUAACGAAUUUAUGUGAUAAAAGUCUUAGAGGAGAGUGCACACAAAUUCACGAUUGGGAAUUCACCGCAAGACAAAUUCGAGGCCUGAGCUUUUACAAGAAAGAUGAGAGAUGCAUUAUUCUUUAUGUCCACCAAAAUUCCGAUGACUUCCAGAUAUAUCUUCCAUCAGAAACAUGCCGAGAAGCCUUCUACAAAUUAUUCCUGGAACUGACAAACUAUCAAGAAGGCCUGUUGGAAUCAAAGCCACCUAGGGAAAUCAAGUACGAGUACGAACGCGAUGAAAUGGGUCGGAAAGUCGUUCUGGGCAAAGGUACCUACGGGGUGGUAUAUGCUGCCAGAGACCUCAACACUCAAGUCAGAAUUGCUGUGAAGGAAGUUCCAGAGAAGAAUCUAGGGGUGGUUCAACCCCUGCACGAGGAAAUCCGCUUGCACGCCCACAUGCAUCACAGGAACAUCGUCCAAUACCUCGGGUCCCUAUCCGAAGACAACUACUUCAAAAUUUUCAUGGAACAGGUGCCCGGAGGCUCUCUGAGCGCUCUGCUGCGGUCCAAGUGGGGCCCUCUCAAGUCCAACGAGCACACCAUGGUUUACUACACCAAGCAGAUACUAGAGGGGCUGAAAUAUUUGCAUGACCAGAAGAUCGUCCACAGAGAUAUCAAAGGUGAUAACGUUUUAGUUAACACUUACAGUGGGGUCGUCAAGAUUUCCGAUUUUGGCACCUCAAAACGACUUGCCGGCUUAGGUAGGAGUACAGCAGCAGUCACUUUCACUGGCACCCUUCAGUAUAUGGCACCGGAAGUAAUCGACAAGGGGCACAGAGGGUACGGUCCUCCGGCUGACAUCUGGUCCCUGGGGUGCACCAUCGUGGAGAUGGCCACCAGCAAACCGCCCUUCAUCGAGCUCGACUCCCCCCAGGCCGCCGUUUUCCGCGUGGGGUACUACAAGGCGCACCCCGAGGUGCCCGAGGAGCUCUCCGACAGGGCGAAAUCCUUCAUCAUGAGGUGUUUCGAGCCUGAUCCCGACAAAAGGGCCACCGCCUCCGAGCUGCUCGAAGAUCCCUUUCUAGGUCCUGAAAGAAGACAAAAAAAUAUUCGAUUAAACACAGAUUUCAGUCGUAGCGUAUCGGUACCUGCUGAAAAAAUGUCGUCCAGGCAUCCCGGUCAUAGCAGUGCCCCCAAUCAAACACCUACUUCCCCGGAAGCAGACUCCCAUAGUCGAAGUGCCCUUCUAGCACCAAUCCAAAUGCCUACUGCCCUUACUUUCAACAGCUUGGCUUCCACUCCUUCAUUGGAAUGUGAAUCUGAAAGUGCCACUACAGAAAGACGAAAUUCAUCUGGUACCCUGUUAUCUCCUGAAGUAGAUUCAGGCAUUGGUGCAGAGACUGAUGGAUUUUAUUUGCUCAAAAAAGACUCCCAGAGACGUACCACUCUAGCCAAAGUUUUGGCUAAUGAUGGCACAAAAAUAUGUGAUGUAUGGUUACAAAAAGUUCGUGAUAAAUAUUUAGGAGAGACAGUCCUUACUGAAAAACAUCUUUCAAGGUUGAUGGAGGCUCUCAAAGCCUAUUUAACAGAACAAUCUAUGAGUGUAGUUGAAUGUGCUGUUAGGCAUCUACAAGAGGAGUUGGAUUAUGAUGCAGCAGCUAUCAAUCAAUUACAGUUUGCCAUCUAUUUGUAUCAAGAGUCGGUCAUUGAAGUCCUUCGUCUGCACCCCAUCAAACCACACUGGGUGUUCGCUCUGGACAACCUCGUCCGCUCGUGCGUCCAGGCGGCCAUCACCGUCCUCACGCCCGAGUUCGUCGAGCACAUAGCCAAUCACAGCUCGCCCAGCACCGUCAACUCGUCGAAAUCGGGCAAGAUCAACGAGGGGUUCGAGGUGGGGGGCCGAACGGUGGACGCGAAGCUGUUGCGCGAUCUGGUCGAGUGCCAGAAGCAGUACCAGGCGACGAUGAAACAACUGUUAGAGGGCCACUGCCAAACGACUGAAACCCUAAAGGCGUUGUGCUCCUGCCACCACCGAAACCAUCAGCUUCAGCUGCAACCACCUCUACAAGAAGAGGUCGAAGAAGACCCCUACUUGGCAAGGUGGUUGGAGGGUCUUGGGAUCAGAGAGAACGCCAGAAAAGCCAUCCUGGCCGAAGGUUAUACGCUCGAAGAUGUCCUUUACCACAUCGAGCGAGACGACUUGAGACGGGUGGGGUUGAGAGGGGCAACCGAAUUGAGGAUUUGGCGGGCCGUCAAACACCAUCGCGAAAACGGCGAUGGGAUUAUCUGUAACGGAGUCACGACAGACGAAAGCGGUACUGUUUAACGAUUAAAACAGUGUGCUGGAAAAUUCGCGUACUGUUCAAUUCAAAUAGUAUACGGUGUACUGUUUGAUUG